GUAGCGGCAAACCAUCGAUCAUGGCGAGGCUGGUGGCUCUGCUCCUGACGGUGGCUGCGUCUGCGGUGGCGAUGCAGAUGCCCGAAGGAAGAGUGGCAGCCAACAGCAGCUACGUGCGUGAGGGCGUGCGGCCGGUGAUCGGCGUCGUUCCGUACCGCGGCCGGUUCCCGCACACGGUGGGCAUCGUGGCCGACGGAACCAGCACGUGCAGCGGCGCCCUGAUCUCCAGCAGAUGGGUGCUCACCGCCGCCGUCUGCUGCUACGGGUACACAUACUGGGAUGUGUGGAUCGGAGUGCAAGACAUGGACACGCUGGAGGAUGAGCGGGUCACCAUCACUAGCAAUAUAUGCACCAUCCACCCAGGCUUCGACGCCAGCACCGUCAACAACUGGCCGAAAUACAACAUGGCCAUCGUGGACCUCGACUGCUACGUCACAGGCGCCUCCAAUUACAUUAGACCUGCCAUACUACCAACGUUUGCAGACGCUGGCAAUUACUACGCCAAUCAAGUUGGCUAUUUCACCGGAUGGGGGGCGGCCGGAGGGGGAUUUUCUCGCCAGUUGCUGUACUCGGAGAUGACGAGUAUUGGAAAUUGUGGAGCUAUGAGCUUCCUUAUAUGUGCGACAACCGCAACUGGAGAGGUGAUUGGGAACGGCGAUUACGGAGGCCCGCUGGUGCUGCAGAGUGACAGCGGAUACACGGUCAUCGGCAUCGCCGGCUUCUCGGUGCCCACCAGCUCGUGGACCGUCUUCACGCUGGUCUCGCCCUACCUCACCUGGAUAGAGGUGGUUACUUCCAUCAUCGUAUCCUGAACGACUGCUGGCUGCCCGAAUGCCUCCGAGACGUUGGACGACAGACAGUGUGGCAGCGAAAGCGGAGAAGAGUGUCUGCCCUACUUUGGGGUAUCCGCACAGACAUAUACGCGUGUGUACAUCUUCGUGCAAUGAUAUUCGUUGUGAGAGACAGCCAGCCGUUUCAUGCAGCGAUCAGGACAUUCGCGCGGAGCAUCUCAAUUUCGAUUUAGUCCAUUUGUUAAUUGGUAAUGUGGAAAAUUGAAAGAAAGGCAAAGAAAAAGCGUUUAUAGCAAUGUCCCUUCUUUAUGUACCAUUCAGCUUUUUAAGCCUUGUUGCAGGGACACUUCGGUUGACUUAACUUCAGAGAUUGUGCAGAUAGUGACAUCUGGAAGAAUUUGCUGAGGGGACAUUCUAUUAAAUCUGAAGUGUUGUACUGUAUGUAAUUUAUCCUCUGGAUUACAAGCUUCCAGAGCCCUGCCAGUCAAUCAUUUGCUCUCUAAUACAAUGAGUAUAUUCCAAGAGAAGACCGCCGCUAUCAUAGUUGAAGGAAGUGGUUAUUCCUGAAGAAUUCCGCAUCAACUUCAUGUAACGAAUCACUUCUUGUCCACAACUUAGUGCACCUCUGCAACAUCGCUUCCAGU